AUGUCUGGUCAGGUCUUCCUGUUGGAGGAUAGCAUUGUUCAACUGGUUGGGAAAGUAUUGGGCCAACGUAGGGUCUCCCUGGCCACCUUAUCAUAUUUGCUGGGGAAACUAGUGUUGGCUAUUAACAUCGUGCCUUGGGCACGCCUCCACACUAGGGAUCUUCAGUGGUUUCUCUUACCCUUCCAGAAGGCACACAGGAGUACAUCACUGCUGAAGGUCACUGUUCCAGUGGAUGUCCUCCAAUCUGUACAUUGGUGGAAAUUGGCAGCCAUCAUCAAGGGUUGCCACUUCAGGGUGGUUCACAAGGUGACGGUCACUACGGACGCCAGCCUCUACGGUUGGGGGGCUCAUUUACAGACACAGAUGCCCCAGGAACAAUGGGACCAGGUGGACAGGAGUCACAACAUAAACUGGUUAGAGCUCAGAACCAUCCACCUGGCCCCCCAGGACUUCCUCACAAGCAUUGUGGGUCAGCACGUACUGGUCUUGAUGGACAACGUGGCCGCCAAGGCCCACGUCAACCGUCAGGGCGGCAUGAAAUCCAAGGACCUCAUGAAAGAAGCCAGGGAACUGGGCCUCUGGGCAGAGGCAUCUGGCUUCAUUGACCGAGGAACGUAUCUCGGGGGUGGCGAAUGUUCAAACCAACUGGCUCAGCCGGGCCAAGGUGGUCAAUGCGGAAUGGUGCCUCCACCCUUGACUUUCGUCAAAUCUCAGCCCAUUUUGGACCGCCUUUUGCGGACCUUUUCGCCACCCCGGACAAUACACAGCUCCCAUGCUUUUAUGCGAGAUGUUGCACAAGGUGAUCACCGAACAGGCAGAAGUCAUCUGGGUGUCCCUGCAUUGGCCACAACGGCCGUGGUUCGCGGACCUACAGACCCUGUCAGUAGCCAGCCUCUGGAGGAUUCCUCAGACUGCAGGUGCCCUCAGCUAGGGGUCACUGAAGGAUCCAGACCCUCAGUGGCUUCAGUUGAGCGCUUGGCACUUGAGCAGCACUCUCUGAGGGAGAACAGUCUUUCCUCCAGGGUCAUUAGCACUAUCCAGGCUUCCAGGAGGCCGUCCACGGUUCACGUAUAUGAUGCCACUUGGCGUAUAUUCUGCAAGUGGUGCAAUAACAAGACCAUUUAUGCCUCCACUGCAUCUAUUCCUCAGGUGUUGGAGUUUCUCCAAGAUGGGCUGGAGAAAGGUGUAUCACCCAACACAUUGAGAAGACAGGUAGCAGCUCUGGUUAUGAUUCUGACUUGGGGGGGGGGGACACAACCCUUAUGACACCACCCGGCCGUGAAAAGGUUUCUGAAAGGGGCUGUCAAUCUGAGACCAUCGGUGGUUCACCGCUACCCCACCUGGGACUUGCUCACGGUUUUGUCUGCCCUAACGGACACCCCCUUUGAGCCCAUUCGGUCAGUGGAACUAUAG